AUGUCUAUCCUGAAGCUGGUCGAGGACCGGCCGACGCCUAGCGUGGUCUACAACUGGAGAAUCUAUCUCCUGGCAGCGGUGGCUUCAUGCACAUCCUGCAUGAUUGGCUAUGACAGUGCUUUCAUCGGCACUACGCUCUCUCUUGACUCCUUCAAAAGCGAGUUCCACUUCGACAACAUGCCUGAUCCUACCAAGAACCUGAUCAGCGCCAACAUCGUCUCCUGCUACCAGGCUGGUGCCUUCUUCGGUGCCUUUUUCGCGUAUCCAAUCGGCCACUUCUGGGGUCGUAGGAUUGGCCUGUUGGCCGCUGGUUUGGUUUUCACUCUUGGUGCUGGUCUCAUGCUUGGUGCUAAUGGCGACCGAGGACUCGGCCUCCUUUACGGUGGCCGAGUUCUCGCUGGUAUUGGUGUCGGAGCAGGCUCUAACAUCACCCCGAUCUACAUCUCCGAAUUAUCUCCUCCGGCUAUUCGUGGUAGAUUGGUUGGUGUGUAUGAGCUGGGCUGGCAAAUUGGCGGUCUUGUGGGAUUCUGGAUCAACUUCGGUGUCGACGAGACCAUGGAACCGAGCCACAAACAAUGGCUCAUUCCUUUUGCUGUUCAGUUAAUUCCUUCUGGUCUUUUGCUCAUUGGUGGCUACUUCAUCCGGGAAUCGCCUCGUUGGCUCUUUGGACGCGGUCGCCGCGAGGAGGCAAUCAAGAAUCUUUGCUGGAUCCGCCAGUUGCCCGAGGACGAUAUCUAUAUGAUCGAGGAGAUUGGUGCUAUUGACCAAGCUCUGGAGGAGCAGCGCCGUAGUAUUGGCAUUGGUUUCUGGAAACCCUUCAAAGCUGCCGGAACCAACAAGAAGGUCAUGUGGCGUCUGUUCCUCGGAAGCGCGCUGUUCUUCUGGCAGAACGGAUCUGGAAUCAAUGCCAUCAACUAUUACAGUCCGACUGUCUUCAAAUCGAUUGGUGUUAAGGGUACCAAUACUAGUCUGUUCACCACUGGAAUCUUCGGUGUAGUGAAGACCGUGGUGACUUUCAUUUGGCUGCUCUGGCUGAUUGAUCACGUUGGUCGCCGUAACCUGUUGUUGAUCGGUGCAGCGGGUGGUUCCGUCUGCCUGUGGAUUGUCGGCGCGUACAUCAAGAUCGCCGAACCCGAAAAGAACAAUAGUGACUCCUUGAGCGGCGGUGGUAUCGCAGCCAUGUUCUUCUUCUACCUGUGGACGGUCUUCUAUACCCCAACUUGGAACGGUACCCCAUGGGUUCUCAACUCGGAAAUGUUCGACCCCAACAUGCGUUCCUUGGCACAGGCCUGCGCUGCCGCCUCCAACUGGCUCUGGAACUUCCUCAUCUCGCGCUUCACUCCGCAGAUGUUCACAGCCAUGGGGUACGGUGUAUACUUCUUCUUCGCAUCACUGAUGAUAUGCUCCAUCGUCUUUGUGUAUUUCCUCGUCCCCGAAACCAAAGGUGUUCCUCUUGAGAGCAUGGAUCAGCUAUUCGACAUCAAGCCCGUGUGGCGUGCCCAUGGGCAGAUGGUCGCCCAGCUUCGUGAGGAUGAAGAGAGGUUCCGCAACGACGUCGAGGCUGCCGGCAUUGACAUGGGCAAGGUGCGCCAUGAGCAAGUCGAGGAUACUGCGGCUCAGCCAAAGUACACUUAA